UAUAUAAAGUAAAAGUAGAAAUUCUCUAUUUCUUUUAAGAAUUCUCCAAGUACAACAAAUACAGCUAUAAAUAGUUGUAAGAAGGCCAUUAGUUUAGACCCUUGAGUUUCUGAAAUCCCUCACAAUGGCCAAAAACCUCCAUUUUCUCACUUCUGCAAUGCUGAUUCUCUUAAUUCUUUCCACAGCAAAAUCUGAAAAUUUCUCAAGAAAGUUAUCUCCAGAUUCACAAGGCCUCAAAAAGGAGAAACUAACCCACCUCCACUUCUACUUGCACGACAUAGUCACAAGCAAAAACCCUACUGCAAUCCCCAUCACGAAGCCAGGAAUUACAAACUCAUCAACAAAUUUUGGAGAGGUGUUCAUGGCUGAUGAUCCCUUGACUGUAGAGCCUGACAUCAACUCAAAGCUUGUAGGAAGAGCCCAAGGGAUGUAUGCUUUUGCCUCCCAAACUGAGUUUGGGUUACUAAUGGUUUUCAACUUGGUGUUCUCGGAAGGCAAGUAUAAUGGAAGCACUCUCAGUCUUUUAGGCCAUAAUGCUAUAUUUUCAGGCGUCAGGGAGAUGCCUAUCGUUGGUGGAAGCAAGAUUUUCAGAUUCGCUCGUGGUUAUGCUCUGGCAAAAACACACACAAUUGAUCUCAAAACUAAGAAUGGUAUUGAGGAGUAUAAUGUCUAUGUCCUCCAUUAUUGAUUUCUUUCUUUAAAUUUUAUUUUAUGGUCCUUCAUUGUGUGGUAUAUAAAGCUCUUUGAUUACUGGUUGUUAGAGGAUAAUCUUAUCAGAUGUCGAAUUAGUUUGGUACUUUCUUAUCCUA